AUGUAUCUUGACCCUCAGCAUCAGACACAACGUCUCCCCUCGUCUGGCUCGUCACAGGAUGCUCCUCCGGAUUUGGCCGGGUCUUUAUGGAGCAGAUUCUGGCUCGUGGAGACCGGGCCAUUGCAACUGCGCGCCGAGCCGAAAGGUCGAGGAGCUAGACGGACGGUUCGAUCCGAUGUGAAGCCCGUCGACGUUGAGGGACUUCGUUGGGAAGCAGAUAAAGUAAUUGCAUCGGCGGCGGAGGAAGCCGACUUCGAUUACGAUAACGCAUGCAAGGGCACUUCCCAAUUAUUGCGAUACAUCCUUAUACUACUCAAGAACGACUAA